AUGUCAACUUCAAUACCCAAACAACAAUUUUAUAAGAUAACUCAAAUAAGAAGUACUAUUGGAGUACCACCAAAGCAAAGAGGUAUAUUACAAUCAUUAGGUUUUUCAAGGAGAAACCAAAUUAAAUUUCAUCCUAUUAAUGAAUCAAAUGCUAUUAAAUUAUUACUAGUUAAAGAAUUAAUUAAAGUUGAAGUUUCAAAUGAAAAAUUAUCAAAUUAUGAAAUAAAUCAAAUGAGAAGAAUACCUAUUGGUUCAGAAUUUGAAAUUAUAAAAAAUGGAAUGAGAAGAGAAUGUUAG